GACUGGUCACAAAAAAGAAAAACCCUUCGCAGUGAUCCUGAAGCUGAUUGGCGUUCAACUGAUACGCUGCAGCAACCAAUGAGCGCAGAGGAGGACCGCUUGCAGGGAAGUGGCUGGUAACAGUGUGUGUGUGUGUGUGAGUGUGUGAGUGUGUGUGUGUCCAUGCACAGCAGGUGUGCACGUGGAGGGGAUUACAGAUCAGUAGUUUGUGCGUGUUUACCGAAAAAAAGGACACCUUUUUUUUUCUGCUGAUGCACAUUAUGACGAGUUCACACCAAACAGUGAUGGAAACUGAAUUAAAUAAAAAUAAAAUGUAUGAGGAAAAAACUUGAACUUGGUUAAGGAAGCCAAGUUUCUGCAGCAUGAACCCCAAAAAAACAAAGCGAAUCAUGGAGAACACGCCAACGCUCUCCACGUUGUGCGUGUGCGUCAGAGUCACAGGAGCCCGUCUCCCAACACGGGCUGACAAUGGACCUCCGGCUCUGGGAAAGAGACCCUCUGAAAUAUGCAGGAGGAAAUCCACACCUGUUUCCAGGUAACCAAGGCAGGGAUUCUGAAGCGUGACGCUGAAUUCAGUGUGUGUGCGUGUGUGUGUGUGUGUGUGUGUGUGUGUGUCUACACCUGCGUGGGCGCUUGCAGCGCAGCUUCCCAGCUUUACCUGUUCAGACACCCUGAGGGGACGAAAGCAGCUUCCAGCUCCGCUCGCUGGACGAGCCAGACGUCACCGGCGGCGGCAGGAAACACCAUGGACCAGCGCCGGCCUCGGUGCUGAACCGGCUCCUCUGAGAACAUUUCGGCGCGUCGGGAACCGGAUCCACGUCGGGCCCAACUGAGGCGGCGAGCGGAGAGACGGAGCCGCGAAGAGGUCUUCCCCCUAUAAGCGCGACCCCCUGAGGGUUGAGCGGCGACCUGUGCGAGCAUGAAUCCGGUGUGGAAAGUCUACAAGAGCAAAGUGCUGAAGACCAUCAACCCGGAGUACGAGGAGGGCCCCCCGGAAGAGGUCACAGAGGUGCAGAACGAUGUGAGUCCCAUGCAGGAGGACGAGGGGCCGAACGCUGUGUCCCAGCUGGCCAAGAAAAUGCAGGGGGCCGGGACUAAAAGCUGGAACAGGCUAUCAUCUCUCUUCACCAAGGAGGACGAACACCAGCUUCUGGAGGACACUGAGAGCCCGCCGGUCGCGGACCACCCACUUGCGAUGAAGCCGGAGGAGCCCCCCCGGCCCGCUAAGCGCACGGCAUUCUGGGAUAGCUUUGCAGCCAACUGGGCGGCCAAGAAGCAGGCGGAGGCUGCUGCUGCUGCUGCUGCAGCCAGCGAGGCCGCAGAGGGCCAGGGGGAGGAGGGGGUGACACAGGCGGGAGGGGAGGAGAGCCAGGGGGGGCAGAUCCCUCAGGAUGAGGAGAGUGAAGGAGGAGGAGGAGGAGGAGGAGGACGGAGCAGCAACAACAGCUUCUCCAAAUACGUCUCCCUGGGAGGAGGGAGCGAGGACGCGUCCUUCAAGUGGAACUUUGUCACCAGCAAGCUGGCAGAGCUGAAGACGAAGAGCAACUAGCUGCUGGCGAUGAAGGAGCCCGGAGCGCACAGACAAUGUGAGGAAGAGGUUAGACAAACACGGGAUGUCCUGUAAACAAAGGGCGUGGCCACGUCCCCUUUCAUCUGAACUGUCAUCAUUUCAUUUACUUCAUCCCGCAUACUCCCACCACACAGAGGACACAUACGAAAUACUGUUUUCAAUACUAAUAUCGAAUAACUUUACUUCACAAAGGGGACGUCUAUAAUAACUUUAUUAUUGUUCACCUUAAGGUGCAGCAGCGCACCACAUGACAUCAUUAAGGCUCAGGUGACUACAGGUAAUAUUGCCCUUUCUCGGGGUUUCGUGGCGAUGUCUACUUUCCAAAAGUGCUUUUAAACCACGAAAAGAGGCCUCGAUACCUGUCGGCAAACUUGAUCCAAUCUAUGGUUUAGUAAAAAACGGAUUAAGAGAUUAAAGGCAGUGAUAACCGGAUUAGUUGAGGAUUAUCCCACUUAACCUGUGCAGAGGGCAGGCAGAUUUGGACGAGCGAUAUAUAACUAGUGCACAAUUUAAUAUAUUUACGAAGGACUUUUUCUCUCCUCAGACAUCAGGGAGAUGCAAUGUGCUGCACAGCUAUAUGACAUGUGUGAAAUGUGAAUGUGUGUGUGGUGAGAUAAUGUCAGGAGCACUGAUAUAGUGACAUAACUGACUUACAUUUUCUGAUUGUGAGGCCGUGCAAAGCGUCACCUUUUAACAUUCCUAAUUUUGAGACACAAAACAACGUGGCUUUAAAUAUUAUUUAAUCUACGAUUUUUGUUUGUUUUUCUUGUAAUGUGUUUUAAUCCGUUGUCUUUUUUGUCCUGUAAUGCUAAAAAAAUCAAAUAAAAUAAAAGACUACGCAGUUAAAGGUGUGACAAGGUGUGAAUGAGUAAAUAAAGUUCUUUAUUUCUUUC